CGGUGCGCACCCUGCGCCCCGAUCGGUCCCCGUUGUCGUCUCCGCUGCUCUCCCGGCGCUCACCGCCAGGCGCGCGCGCGCCCGCGUGCCCGCCCGCCUCCCUCCCUGUCCCCGUCCCCAUCCCCGUCCCCGCCUGCAAAACACCGCUGAAGAUGGCGAGCCCAGCGCCCGAGGAGCACGCCACCCAAGGAUGCCCGGCUACGGAGGAGCAGCAGCCACGACCCGGGGUUCCCGGGGACGAGGCAGGGCCGGAGGGCGCGGGGCCGCAGGUGGAGGAGGCCGCCGGCAGGGUGGCCGCCGCCCUGACCUGGCUGCUCGGGGAGCCCGUGCUGUGGCUGGGCUGGCGCGCCGACGAGCUCCUGAGCUGGAAGAGGCCGCUGCGCAGCCUGCUCGCCUUCCUGGGUGCCAACCUGCUGUUCUGGUUCCUUGCCUUGACUCCGUGGAGAGUGUAUCAUCUCAUUUCUGUCAUGAUACUUGGCCGUGUUAUCAUGCAAAUCAUCAAGGAAAUGGUUUUGUCCAGGACAAGAGGUGCACAGUUAUGGAGAAGCCUCACUGAAAGCUGGGAAGUCAUCAAUUCCAAGCCAGAUGAAAGAGCCAGACUGAGCCACUGCAUCGCAGAAUCAUGGAUGAAUUUCAGCAUAUUUCUUCAAGAAAUGUCUCUUUUCAAACAGCAGAGCCCUGGCAAGUUUUGCCUCCUGGUCUGCAGUGUGUGCACAUUUUUUACAAUCUUGGGAAGUUACAUUCCUGGGGUCAUACUCAGCUACCUACUGUUACUGUUUGCUUUUUUGUGUCCACUGUUUAAAUGUAAUGAUAUCGGACAAAAAAUAUACAGCAAAGUCAAGUCCAUUCUAUUAAAGCUAGAUUUUGGAAUUGGAGAAUAUAUUAACCAGAAGAAACGUGAGAGAUCUGAAGCAGAUAAAGAAAAAAGUCACAAGGAUGACAGUGAAUUAGACUUUUCAGCUCUUUGUCCUAAGAUUAGCCUCACAGUUGCUGCCAAAGAGUUAUCUGUGUCAGACACAGAUGUGUCAGAAGUCUCUUGGACUGAUAAUGGGACCUUCAACCUUUCAGAGGGGUACACUCCACAGACAGACACUUCUGAUGAUCUUGACCGGCCCAGUGAGGAAGUUUUCUCUCGAGAUCUUUCAGAUUUUCCAUCUCUGGAAAACGGGACGGGAACAAAUGAUGAAGACGAAUUAAGUCUUGGCUUACCCACAGAGCUCAAGAGAAAGAAGCAACAGUUGGACAGUGCUCACAGACCGAGCAAAGACAGGCAGUCAGCAGCUGGCCUCUCACUUCCUCUCAAGAGCGACCAAGCCCUUCACUUGAUGAGUAACCUGGCUGGGGAUGUCAUCACAGCUGCCAUGACAGCUGCCAUCAAAGACCAGCUAGAAGGGGCCCGGCAGGCACUGGCUCAGGUGGCACCCACUCCAGGAGAGGACACAGACACUGAGGAGGGGGAUGAUUUUGAACUACUUGACCAGGCAGAGCUAGAUCAAAUUGAGAGUGAGCUGGGACUAACACAAGACCAAGGGGCAGAAGCCCAGCAAAGUAAGAAAUCUUCAGGCUUCCUUUCAAAUCUCCUUGGAGGCCAUUAACCGGGAAGCAGCUUGCAGCAAAGCACAGAUAAACCACCCAAAAAUUUCAAACAAGCAGGGGGAAAAAAUGGAAAAAAAAUUGAAUUGUAAGCUUUAAUUACUUUAGAUUUUUUUGUUUUCUUUUCCCUUCUAUAGUGAGUUGGAUAUGUAUCAGCUGAUAAUGAUAGACUGACAUUUCUGAUAGUUAUUUUUAUGUAAUAAGCAUGGAAAUGAACUUUAUAGUUACAUAUAUACAUACUGUGGUGUCAUAAGUGCUUAGGGGCUGUUGGUAAACUGAAGAGAGAGAGAGAAAAAAACCACACCAAACCCCACCAAACUAUUAAGGUCUUUCUAGAAGUAUUCUUUUUCUUUAUAAUGUUCAAGCAUGCAGAGAUUCAUCAGAACUCGCUGAAAACUGACAGUGGUGAGCACAUGCUGCACCCGCUCCCUUUCGCUCAUUUUGGAAGCAGUUCAUCAAAUUCUGUUAGGUUUUAAUGUAAAGAAGGAGAAAUUAUCAAAAUGUUUGUAGUUGAAGGGCUACGGACAUGCUAUCAAAAUUAAUUUUCUAGGAAAAACUUUAAGAAUAAGUACUACCCAUAGGCUGAAAUAUGUCCACGUUAUUUCUACAGUCGUAGACAUAGGCUUAUUUGUCAAGUGGCAUGUUCUGCUGACUGCCACAUCUCGUCUUGAAAAGAGGUGGUACCGACCCAUGGAAAGUAGGCAGUUAUUUUUCUCUUAAUGAUGCUUUUGUAAUGUUUGCAACGGUAAGUGCACACUAUUUCGCACACUCAGAUGUAAGCAAACCCUGAUGUUUCUGUAUUGUGUUAUAGUCUCCUAGGAUUGUGAAACUAGCUACUGGUAUGUCCAUGAGUGAUGUGGUCAUUGGUGAUAAAAAAAAAAAACACAACAACUUUCUUUUUUUCAGUUUACAAAUGCAGAACAGAGGAACUUGCUUGAACUUUAAAGUUUCUAUCUCUGCCACUGCAGGUCUCAAUAUGUAAUCAUACUGGGAAGCUAGACUAUGCUUUUUCCUUUAAACUGUUUUUUUUUUUGAUCACCUUUACAUAAUCAAAUUUGAUUUACAGUGGAAACCAAGAUAGUUGUUUUUUGUGAAACAAUCUUUCAGUAGGACUGAGGGACCAUGUCAGCAACUGUCUUAAAUCUUCAGUAAUAGCUGGCAUUUCUACAGAGACACAAGACCCUUACAAAAAAAAGGGUAAUGUAAGACUAUAGAAAUCUGUGUUUCAGUUUCAUCUCUUUUAUUUCUAAAGACUUAAUUACAGGUGACUUGAUCUUUUAAUGUACCAUCUCCUAUUUAUUUAUUGUUUUCUUUUUGAGGUAUUAUAAUAUCUAGACUGAAUUUUGCCAAAUGUAAGAGGGAAAAAAGUUCCUGAAGACUCUGACUACUUGCUUAUUUUUUGAUUGACCUUCUAUGCUUAUGUCAUUAGUGCCUCACAACCGUGUUUGAUGUUCUUUAUCGAUACAAAGUGAGCCCGUGCCUUCAUUUUUCUUGCCCAUUUUGGUACCAAUGUAAAUCUGUGUUAGAAAAUCUUGAAACUCUGUGAGUCUGGAAGAAUAUAUCUGAAUCCUAUUCAAUACAUUUGCUGGAUGUGAAGAAAAAAUACAGCCACAUAUUUAUAAAACAGUUGUUACUAGUA